AUGGCAGUUAUCUACGGAUUGCCCACGGUGGCUUCCACAGUAGCAGCAGCGCUUAAUCAUCUCUUCAGGCUGUCCUGGUCUCGUACAGCUUCACUUUACCUUCCCCUUCCUGAAUGGGUUCCAGCCAUCGCCACCAUCUUCCCUCCUCUUACAGCACUGGCUCUGUACCUUGCCAGUCGACUCGCCCAGCCUGCAGAUGACCGCCAGUCGUCUAGCCCUUGGCGAAGACUCUUUCCCGUCAUCAACCACCUUCAAUCUAUCAUAACCACAAUCAUUGCUACCGUGGCCCUCGCCUACUUGUACCCAGAGAGCAUCACAACCUGUCGACUGGAACAGGAAUGGCAGUCAUACUUCCGCGCGAAAGACGCUCAACCUAUUCGCGCUAUUCAGGACGAAUUUCGCUGUUGUGGAUUCCGGAGUAUCCAUGACCGAGCGUGGCCGUUUAAGGACAAAACCACCGGAGAUGAUGCAUGUGAGGUGCAGUUUAAUUACGGGACAAGCUGUCUGGUUCCGUGGAGACAGCAGCAGCAGAGUGCUUCAUGGAUGGUUUUUGUAGCAGCUGUUUUGACUUUGCUCAUGAAGGUUGCGUUAUACCAGGCCAUGCGUCAGAGACCGAGCUGGAUGACAAUGCAGUUUGGAAGACAGGCACGCAGCCAGCAGUAUAUUACGCCCGCUGCGCUGGAGGAUGAAGACGCCAAUGAUGACGCGGAGGGGGGGCGGCGGGGUGCGUUCCUGCCUCGUGCGGGUCCAAGGCUUGACAAUGAGUGGAAUGAUCGCUCUAAUUUAGGACUUUGUGCGCCAUUCAUUUCCAGCGAUAAAGCUACCAUUCAGGCUAUCGGUGCCCUCGCUUGGGACGCUCCACUGCCCAUCGGCUCGGCCCGAAACCUCACUCUUAACCAUUCUACCGAGCGUCAGAGUUGGAGAUGCCUGAGGAAGUACUCACCGCGGUCUCGAACAGGUUGCCGCACAUGUCGAACACGACGUAACAAAUGCGACGAGACACCAGGACCAUCAUGCAAGAACUGCACAGCGACAGGUCGUAUUUGCGACCGCUCCCCGGUAUUUCAGCUCCCUGUGAAAACGCGCCUCCGACACGCUAGUCUUCUGCACACGCACAUUUCCACUAAUGUGCCCGGUAUGACAACAGACGAACGCCGCUGUCUCGCCUUAUUCCAAACAUAUACGGUGCCCAUGCUGACCGGGCUAUGUGACUCGGAACUCUGGCAACGCCUCGUGCUACAGAUGAGUCAGACGGAGCCGGCGGUUGGACACGCUGUCGCAGCGCUGGGGGCAUUCCACGAAACUACAACUGUGAGUGUUACCGGAACAGAAGUAGUAGGUGGCAAUAACGAUUAUCGGCUCUUUGCACUGGAGCAAUACGGGCGGGCGAUUGCGGUUCUUCGUCGCCGUCUUGCAUCCAGAUCUGGGGAUCCCCAGCUACGGGUUACGGCGCUGGUGUGUUGUGUGAUCUUUGUGAUUAUAGAGCUCUUGCAAGAUAACUACAGUAAUGUGUUGGUGCAUCUGAAAAAUGGGACGUACAUCCUUAUGAAUCAGACUGGCCCGAGAGCGAGGGAAGCAAUGUUCAGAGCCAUCUCCGCUGGUACGAAUGAGGAUAGUAAACUAGAAGAGGACGCAGUGUUCAUGCAGAUGUUUGCGCAAUUGACAGUCCAGGCAGCGCAUUUCAGCGAGGAUUCCGUGAUGAGGUUGCAACCAUCGGAUGCACAUCUUUCCAGGGUGCAGUACGAUAAUUUAGAAAUACGCAGUCUAAAGGAGGCAAAGGAAAGGUUGGACCCGUUGAUCGAUAGCAUGACACGCUUCUGGACGCGCUGCGAAGCAGAACUUCGAGAUCGCUCUGCAGAUCAUCGUCCUCUCUACAUGGAGCAACAACAGCAAUACAGUAACAUGCAACGCCAUAUCAACGCCUUUGAGACAUACCUCUCCCAGGCCCAACACUUUACGCCCAAAGAGAUUCGGGCUAUUGAUACAAUCCGCGUCAGUCACAUCGUCAUGAGUACCUACAUCGCCACCUUCUUGGAUGUCUCCGAAACCAUCUACGACCGAUACUUCGCAGGAUGGACGCGAGCCGUAACCUUAACAGAGCAGAUCGUCGCCAGCCUUCAGGCGGAAUACGCCCACAAGCAACAGCCACUCCCCAACGUCAUCUCCGAUAUCGGUGUCUUCGUCCCACUGUUUUCGGUAGGAAUCAAAUGCCGCGAUGUGGGUAUCCGAGAGCGUGUGCUGAAACUGUUCCGCGCAUGGCCUCAUCGCGAAGGACUACAUGAUUCGAUGUCAUACUUAUAUAUGAUCCGGGAAAUAGCGAAGAUGGAAAGGGAGGCAGCCGACGCUGAUGGGUAUGUACCGGAGAGGGCGAGGGUGCGAACGAUGAUGUAUGAGAGGGCUGGAGAUGGAAAGCAUGCGGUGCUACAUUACGCGUUAUCGGAUCCAGAUGCGAAAGAGUUGGUGAUGAGGAAGAGGGUGUUCAUGAUGGAUGAAGUCCAUUAG